AUGUACUACGAUCUUCUACUCGCCGGAUUUGGAUUGAUUGAGCAAAUGAAAACACUUGAUGAAGGUAUUGCUGAAGCUGUUAUCAGCAUCAUGUGGGCAGCCCCAAGACUUGCCAAUGACAUCCAGGAAUUCAAGACCAUAAGCGAUCAACUGACAAUCAAGUACGGAAAACCAUUCGCUGAAGCAGGCAGGAGGAACUAA